AUGGAUACAUUGACGCUAACAGAAGCUAAGAAUAAACGAACUGUCAUAAAGGCCUCUGCAACACGAUUGAAAACUUACAUUGAAAACUUCGACGUACAACAAGGUUCGCGACACGACUUGACCGAACGCAAAACUAGAUUAUCCGAAUUAUGGAGUCAAUUUGACGUCGUGCAAUCGCGAAUAGAAAUCCUCGAAAACGCUGACCCAACAGUCACCGACAAAGAAGCACUUCAAGCUCAGCAAGCACAACAAAGAGCGAGUUUUGAAACUCCCUAUUAUAACCUAAUGACGCGUUAUAAUUCUCUUCUCGAUCAUUAUGAUCGGCAAUUACAGCGUGUCUCACCGGCACUGGUACCGGCACGUCAAAAUGAAACUCCUAUUAGCGUCAACAGGGAAUCGCGUGUUAGGUUGCCAAAGAUAGUACUUCCAGUUUUUACAGGUGCCUAUGACGAUUGGUAUUCAUUCGAAGAUACCUUCGACAAAUUGAUACAUACCAAUGAGGAUUUAUCGGAAAUUGAAAAGUUCCACUACCUGCGGUCGUCACUCCAGGGCAAGGCUGCAGAGAUAAUAAAAUCCAUUGAUACCACUACCGACAAUUACAACGAGGCUUGGGAAGCUGUUAAGGAGCGAUUUGACAAUAAGCGCUGGAUAAUCCAGAAACACCUCCGAGCCAUCUUUGAAGCUCCGCCGCUGAUUAAAGAGAAUCAUAACAACCUUCGUGAGCUACUCGAUACUGUUUUAAAACAUUUGCGUGCGCUUAAGGCUAUAAAAAGACCCACCGAAACAUGGGACGACUUAAUUAUUCAUAUCAUCGUUUCUAAACUUGAUACCGCGACAGCUAAAGCAUGGGAAACUAGUAUUCCUGACAAGGAAAUCCCAAAUCUAAAAUCAUUGACGGAGUUUCUCUCUAAACGUUGCCAAGCGCUUGAAACAAUUUAUAGCAAGACACCAGUUGCUCAAUCUAGUAAUACAUCAAAAUUUCCUAUUAAAUCUAAGGGAUCUUCGGUCACGAAUCUUGCCACAUCUAAUUUGGCUUGCCCACAAU